AAGCAGUCCUAAAGGGACCAGCUCAUCUUCUCAUAAGCUCGAAGUCAGAAAUAUUGCGUGAAAAAUCUUCUGACCGGAAGGGUGUAUUAUAUCCUGAAAAAAAUACAUCUGAUUCCCUCCUGCA